AUGGCUUCGGAGCUUCUCUUGGAAAUACUCGACCCCGACCACGACGCCGGGAGUGAGCUCUCUCCAGUGUAUUCUGCCUUCGAGGGUUCGGCAAGGCUCAACUAUCUAGCCCGCCUCGCAGACCAGUCUGCAGGAUCUCUUAGAACAUCGGAGCCCCAGGCCUUAGCCAAUUCCUUGCAAUCAGUACUACUUUCACUGCAGGAUACAGCGAAACGAUCUCACAGACUCAUCAUCGACUCCACGGUCCGACACUCCACACUAUCACUUGCACUUGCCACAUUUGGUCGUGCCGCAACCGACCUACAAACCGCCAUUCCAACGCUCGAUGCAGAAGCUCUAUACUUCUCUGCCACAUACAGCAAAGCCGGCGAAAGCCAUCAUCUCCUCGAGCGACAAAGAUCUCUGUUGGUGCUUCGCAAUGUCGAGCGCCUUGUCAAUGUUUUGGAGUUGCCAACACUCCUGGCAUCAGCCACGACUUCGGUGCCGCCAAACUACUCCUCCGCCCUCGACUUGAACGGUCAUGUGAGACGACUUCAUGCGUUGUACCCAAAUUCUCCUGUAAUUGGACUGGUCUCACGGCAGGCGGAUGAAGCCAUUUUGCAACUGACUUCCGAUCUGAUUGCAACCUUGAAAUAUCCCGGGCUUAAGCUAGCUACCGCCGUGCGUACAGUCAGCUGGCUCAGGAGAGUGCUCUCCGAUCUCAACCAGGUUUCCAAAGCAAGCUGUGGAGCAGAAGAACGAGCCCUGUCGUUGUUAUUCUUACGCUGUCGCGUUGCGACCCUUGAUGCCACUCUUGGGGCACUCGAGCCACUUCGAAAACUCGCCGAACAGGAGAUGACAAGCAAAAGGACCGUUCGUAACACCCAGGUUUGGUCCGGAGGCCAGCAAACCGAGCGGUAUUUGAAGCGCUACAUCGAAAUAUUCCGCGAACAAAGCUUCCUCAUCAUUUCCACGUUCAAGAGCUUGUUCCUAGCGGUGGGACAUUCCGACAGAGCCCAAAGCGAUGAUGCGCUCGAGCCCCUUCAUUUACCUCGUUCAUUUUUAUCUUCCUUCACUCUCCGCUUGGUGAAUAUGCUUCUCGAGACACUGCGCAUCUUUCUUCCAGUCAUCAAGGACCCCGCCGCGCGGGAUAGCAUUCUCACUCAGGUCCUUUACUGUUCCAACAGCUUGGGUCGCCUUGGUGGCGAAUUUGGGACUCUUAUGGCUGAAUGGGUAGGGUUAAUUAAGAGGCACCGCUUAAUAGCUAGGCGCCUUGAUUCUAUAAUAGGAGAGUAUAGAGGCGUAACUAAGAGUAAAUGAUCUUUAUCUUGCUUUCUUUAUAGGCUUAAUUACUCAACGAAAGUAUUAAGAUGUAUACAGAAUUAUAAUUACACAUAUAUAUAUCUAGCUAUUUAUCACCGG